AUGUAUUCGCCACAAACGCCGAAACCUGCCUCUAUUGCAAGCAACCACUCAUAUACUCCUUCAAUCACAGCAUCAUCUAUGAGCCAAGAUUGGAUGCAGCUUCCUUCACCAGUCUGUUCCUCAGGAUCCUUGAAUACUCGUGAUGCUUCACAUGGCUCAUUCAGCAGCAGUAAUUUCAGCAAUUUAACCCCUCCUUUCUUGUCUCUGGAGGCUCAACAACUGUUGGACUUCAACCCCGGUCUCCUUUCGACCAUUGCUGUGGCGUUUCGGCAAAAGAUGCUCAACAACGAAUCCAAGAGGUCCGAGUCCGAGUGCUAUGGUCUAGAGUUCCCAGUGACAUUCACGGGCAAAGAGGCUGUUGAUGUUGUAAAUGAGUUGACGUAUUUAGAAGACCGUCGGCAUGGUCUGGCGAUUGCUAGAUCUCUGGAAGCGCAAUUCCUGUUCUUUGGAGGCGGAGACAACUUAUUAUUUGACUCGAACAAUGAUCAGUACUUUUUCUCCGAUGCUGCUCUUGCUUUCAUUCCUGGAAAAACGGAUUUUCCUACUGUCCCAACAGGCGUCUUCCCAUAUAGCUCAAAAUGCUAUAGUUAUGGGUGUGUCCCUGGUGAUGCCACAUGCUAUUCUUAUCUUUGUCCAAAUCGCCGUCAAAUCGGUUCACUACUGGGACGUCAAAACAGCGGUGCAUCAUCGCUCAGUGGACAGGAAAAAGUUUGGGCCAACUCUGUCCCUGCGAGUGUAGUUGCUGCCGCGUCAAAGAAGGAGCGAAACCGACAAGAGGCCAUCUUUGAGGUUGUCAACACCGAGGCUAACUACGUCCGAGACCUUGAGCUUAUGGAAGAGAUUUUUAUUAAUCCGCUUCGAUCAGGUGAUAUUAUUGACCCAGAGAAGGUGGAGGAAUUCAUUGAAGAUGUGUUCUUGAACUACAAAGAGAUCAUUGAGCUGAACAAGCUACUCUUAGAGGCCUUACGAGCCCGUCAAGAGGAGCAACCUCUUGUCGAAAAGAUUGGCGAUGUUUUACUGUCUCAUGUUGCAGGAUUCGAGGAUGCGUAUAUUCGGUAUAUUCCUCAAAUAGCCAUCUCCGAAUUCACCUACAAAAGAGAAGAAUCCAAAAAUCCUAAAUUCGCACAAUUUCUUAAGGAUUGCACCCGCCACCCAGAGGCACGACGACUUGGGCUACGACAUUUUGUGGGCCAACCCUAUCAGAGAAUUCCUCGAUACCCGCUCUUACUGAAUGAAGUAGUUAAAAGGACAGAGGAAGGGAUCGAAGACCGCGAGACUGUCCUAGAAGUGAUCAAGCUUUGCACAGAGCUUGGUAAGCGCAUCGACGCUUGUAUGCCGGCGGGAGCCAAGCAGCUACGAUUGUUAACAUUACAGGACAGAGUCGUCUGGAAAUCCAAGGAAGAUCAUCAGGACCUCAAGCUUGGUGAGAGAGGACGCAAGCUUCAUUUUGAGUGCAUCGCCAGGCGCAAGACGACAUUUGAGGUGCAGGCUGUCGACUUUCGGCUGUUCGUCUUUGACCAUAUGCUGCUUAUGACGAAGGAGAAGCGAGACAAGCAAGGAGAUAAAAGCAAUGUCUUUUAUCAAGUCUAUAAACAGCCUAUUCCUUUAGAGCUCGCGGAUGUCUGGCCAGAUGAAGGCAAGAACGCACCAUUAAGCCUAAAUGGCCGUCCAAAGUCUAUUGUAUCAGAUGGUUCCAGCGUCCUUGAAACAGCUACACCUGCCUCAAGCAAUCGUAGCAGCACUAUGGAUACAAAAUACACCGCUCCAGUGACAAUUCACCGCCGAGGAAGAAGGGGUGGCGCGUACACACUGAAUUUGACAUUGGCGGAACGUGAAGAUUUCGUACGAGAGGUCGAUAUGGCCAAGGCGGCCCGUAACGAUAUCGUUUCAGGAUCUCGGCUAUUCCAGUUCAGUACCAUUACAGAAAUGAGUGCCCAUCUGACGUCACCACUGACAGCAUCAGAUCAGAGUCACCCUAUGGACGGAAAGCGUAUUACUUGUAGUGCUACUUUUAUCAACGUUUUGGAUGCUAAAAGACGAAUCGUUGUAGGAACAGAAGCAGGGGUCUACGUUGGUCUCGAAGAUGACCGGUUUAGUUUCCGUUUAGCGCUGAAAGACAUCAAUGUGACAGAUAUCAGUAUUUUGGAAGAUUAUCAUCUCUUGUUGAUUUUAUCUGGCAAAGUCUUGAAGGCCUACAACAUGAACUGUCUGGAGCCUAAUGCUGACAAGGCUUUCACAGUAGGGCAGCAGCUUAUCAAAAACGUACAGUACUUUACUACAGGUGUCUAUGCAGAGAAGACGCUUGUCAUUACGAUGAGAAAAAAGGGCUCAGGCGAUAGCCAGUUCUCUUCAUUUGAGCCCGUAGAGAAUGCAGUCCUGGGCGUAGGCCAAAACCAUCAAAAAGGACUCAGCUUUUCGUUGGGUAGAUCCAAAUCUGAAUGGUUCAAGCCCUACCGUGAAUUUUAUGUUCCUGGCGAGUCGUUGCGAUUACAAAUGUUAUCACGUAUGGUGUGUGUUGUUUGUCCCAAAGGAUUUGAAGUUUUGAUGUUAGAAAACUUGGAUAAGCCGCGAUUGUACCCGGAGAGACAGGACCCCGAUUUCGCGUUCUUAUCGAAGAAAGCCGAUAGCGUGCCUGUAAGCAUGUUUAGGAUCAGCUCAGAGCUCUUUUUGAUGUGCUACGAUGUUUUCGCAUUCACAAUGACUAAGACUGGAAAGUUGGCCAAGCCAGACCUCAUUGAGUUUGAAGGGCGAGCUGAAUCAUUUGCAUUGGUUUACCCUUAUAUUAUUGCAUUCGAGAGUCAGUUAAUUGAGAUUCGCCAUAUCGAAACUGGUGCAUUGGAGCAACUCGUACUUGGCGAUAAUAUUCGUCUUCUUUACUCAGAUGUGGAUCUAGUGGGCAACGCAGUGAUUCAUGUUCAAAUGUCUGAUCCAACCAAAGGUGACGUUCGAAAGAUCGUCAAAUUGACUAAAGCGCCGAAAACCAUACUGGAGCCAGUCAAAUAUCAGCCGAAAUCAUCUUACACACCUCAGACAAGCAUAAGCAUAAACGUCUCUUCUGCCUCAAGUUUUCAGCCCCAAGAGACUUCCCUUUAUGGAGUCUAUCCUAUGGCUCAUUCCCCCAUGACCCAGUCUCAGUUCAUUGUCUCUUCAACCCCACAAGCUCCAUCCCCACGUCUAAUACAACGACAAUCAAUUUACACUACGCUACCUGCAGAUCCGCUUAUUUACAACGGUCAGAAUUACCUCCAUCAUCAAAACUUUGAACCUACGCUCAAUUCAGUUUCUGCACCUCUACAUUCAACGCCAGCUCCAUAUCCAUUCCCAAGUAUCUCCAUGCAUGGGUUGAUCACCCCCAGUAGCAACCAAGCACCCCAGCCCGUCAUGUAUGAUAGAUAUGCGAGCAUGGCGAGUCCAACCACAGCUUCACCUUAUUCAUCAACACAAUUCUUUGGAUACCCGCAGGCGAAUCCUGCUCCAGUUGCUCCUUCCUCUCUCCCGCAUAAUACUCCUGUAUCGUCUUCGUCACCUGUAAUUUCAACAGCCUGGGCAACUGUCGAAAGUUUUCCAUAA